CUCUCGUGCCUUGAAGUGGGUCGGUGGAAUCAAGAAAAUCUAAAUCUAAAAUCCAAAUCGCAAAGCGUAUAAAUAAAGAGGGGAGUUUCCUUAUAUCUUGAUAUCAGUAUAGUCAAUGGCUAUAGUCAAUACUCUGUGUAUCUUUGCUACGCCUCCGUGGAUUUGCUGUUUUUUAUGCAACUGUUAAUAAUAGGACUUCUAAUUAUCUGAAGAUCGGAGAUUAUUGUGACGUCAUGGCUAUCGAAGUUGUUCUGAAGGAUAUGGGGGAGCUUUUGGAAGGCCCCCAUUGGGAUGACGUCACAAAUACACUUAUUUACGUUGAUAUCACUAAGAAGCUCAUUCACAGCUACAACCCGGUAACGAAGGAGGCCAAGAAGGUUGUUGUCCAUUCCGAAAUCGGGGCAGCUGUCCCCACAUCUAGCGGGAGGACUCUGGCAAGUGUCGGGAGAGAGGUGGGCUACGUCGACUGGGAGACCGGGAAAUUCGAAACAUUUUGUGAAGUCGAUAUCAAAAAGAGUGCGCGGUUCAAUGAUUGUAAGUGCGACCCGUCGGGAAGAUUCUGGGUAGGUUCGAUGGAUAAGAAAUCGUUUGCGGGCUGCGCCGAAGAAUAUAAAGGACAGGGCUCCCUCUAUUGUGUACAUCCUGACAAGACAGUCCGUGAAUGCGUACAGAAUGUUGAUAUUUCAAAUGGCAUGGCGUGGGCGAGUGAUCACAAAACUAUGUAUUACAUCGAUUCGCUGACCUACGGUGUGGAUGCUUUUGAUUAUAACAACGAAACCGGUGAAAUUGCUAACAGACGUCAGGUGAUUGGUUUCCCCAAAGGAGGUAGUUUUCCCGAUGGAAUGUGUAUUGAUGAUGAAGGUAUGUUAUGGAUAGCCAUGUUCGGCGGUUGGUCGGUUCAUCGAUUCAAUCCAAGAACAGGCGAAAAACUUUAUACCAUCAAAUUCCCGACGAAGAAUAUAACAAGCUGCUGUUGGGGCGGGGCCAAUCGCGAUGAACUUUACGUGGCGUGUGCAAAGGUUUACCUCACUGAAGAAGAAUUGAAGGAACAGGAAACUGCUGGAUCCGUCUUCCGGGUCACUGGUCUCGGGGUCAAAGGGGUCAAGUGUGACGUAUUCAGUGAGAAUUAAGGAUGACCUUAUUCAUUUCUAUUAAUUCAUAUAGAAUAUAUAGAAUAUAUAGUUGCCGGAGGGGAGAAAGGGUUGGGAUUGAUAACACAUUGGUGUUCUCAUUAAUGCCUCCAUUUUUCAUUAUUAAGAUCAGUGGAAGUUUGAAUGAUUACUCCGUAGCAUACGUUCAUUUUUUUCCGAAAUAAGAUCAAUCCAUUUUCGAUAUUACACUUAGCUUCCCGCUUCCCACUUCCCACUUAGUUAUCCUUCACUUUAUUUUUUUCAUUUUUGUGAUAAGUCGUUUUUUAACUAAAAAUGUGACGUAAGCAAUUUUGCAUUAUACUUGGCUAAGGAUUUCAACCUAUGUUAUUUCACAUUUCUAUUCACAAAAACAAUAUGAUAAAAGGAAUAUAUUUCAAAAUAUCAGAGUGAAACUAUAUUUAUUUUACAACCUCAUUGUCUAAUUUAGAUUUCAGGUACGAUAUAGGCCUCUCAUUAUUUUUUCUUCCCCAACAUUUUAUUCAAGCGGAGCAUUUGAUAGGUUUUUGAUUUUAUAUUAAUAUUGUGAAAAUCCCCGUCGUCGAAAUCAUCAUCAACAUCAUUACCGUCAUUAUCAUGAUCAUGAUCGUCUUUAACAUUAUCACCACCAUCACCACCAC